CACCAUCCUACUUUUGACGGACAGCUGAUUGGAAGCCCUUCGUCACACCCUCUUUGUCGUCGCUCAGCCAAACAAACCCGUCAGGUAGAGCAGCACAGGGCAGUUGCAACAGAAAGAGCACGAGGCAGGUGCUACAACUCCACCACCAUCACCAUUCAGUCGAGCAUGUCAGGAGCCAUAAGAACCUGGUGUCUCAUCGCUGGCCUGGCGCUAGUGGAUGGCUUCCAACCUGGUCUUUUCCUUGCAAGAUCGUCUCUUCUCUCUUCAUCACCUUCGAGCCUUCCGAUGGAUCGAAGUCGCAGAACCUCCCCAACAGUUUGCUUGCUCCAUAUGGUUGACGAGUUGUCCAGCCCCGAGCCUGCUCCUGGUCUUCAGCGUUUCAAGGACAAGGCGGAGAGGAAGCGUCAACGUCUUGCUGCCAGGAUGGAGCGACUGGAGUCGAAGAUCUCAAGGAAGAUGAGCAAGAUGAUUGAGAAGAUGCCAGCGAGGAUAGCAAGGCUCACGGAGAGGAGGGAGAGGGUGGCAGCCAUGGUGAGGAGGGUGACGCCCGACUCCCCCAAGAAGCUUGUCCUCAUCCUCCUCGUCUGCAUGGCUGUGUACCCCAUCGCAUCCUCAGCUUGGAUCGCGCUCUCCGCAGCAACUGCUGUGACCGUGCUCAUGUUCAACAUGCUCGCCGUCUGUCUUACACCAGCUUCCAUGUUCCUCGGUGCCGGCCUUGCAUUCUUUCAGCCGGUCCUCUUAGGGACAAUCUCCUCUUUCCUCACGGCCCUCACGGCCCUGGUCGCCUCCAUGAUCGCCUACUUUCCUCGGGCCCGCUCGCUCCUGGGCCUUCUCGUGGCCUCUCUCCUCCCUUUCUUCAACGCGUGGGUGGCGAUGGUUCCAGCCAAGACCUUCGAGGUGGUGAAGACGAUCCAGAUUCUCGACCCCCUCCGUCCACUCUUCCUCGAUCCUGUAUUUCGUCCUCUCCUCCCCGACAUGUUCGCCUCGCAGUUCCUUGACAUCGUCCCCAACCCCUUCGUUAUCAAGGGGCCUGUCAAUGUGAUUGUGGAGAGCACAACGGCGACCCCUUACAUGGCGCUGAAGCUGACGGUCUCAGCAGCAGCUUUCGCCAUCGCCUUGUGGGGUUGGACAAAGGAGAAGGAGCGGCUCAAGGCUGCCUUCAGCAAGACCAGCUCCUCUCUCCGGUUGGACGAGGCUAGUGUCAGCACCAGCCCAGGGGAGUCAAAGAGCCUCACCUAUGACGAGGAGGAGGCUCGAAAACUUGCGUUGCAGGAUUGGGAGAAGAAAUACAGCAUGCGGCCUGCGCCUAGCCAAAACCCGGCAGACUGGAGCACGGACGAUCUCUGCUACAUGCUUGAGAAGGCGGACCUUGCAGGUUGUGUGGAAGCGAUUCAAAAGUCCAAGAUCGACGGCAGGGUCGCGCUUACACUGACGGAGGACGACGAGGAGGAGAUCAAGACGGAGUUGGGAAUUGAACGGCUGGGAGAACGUCGGCGGCUCCUCUUGUUCUUGCAGGACCUGCGCGCUCAGCACGACCAGCACAAGAAAACUAAGGAUGCCAACUGAUGGAGACAUGUUGCCAGGAGUAGAGGGAGGCUAGGAUCUCUACAGGAUAGGUGUACUAUGCAAACGUUACAAACAGCAAGCAAAAGUUACGAGCUUGAUGCUGAAGCAAUCAAGUCAUCAUUUCAUGUUCCUCUUGCCAGCCUAGCCAGAUUGAGUGCUCAUCAGCAGUGCGUCAACAUCGCCUCCGAGCAUGGAACGCGCGGCGUCUCUGGUCAUGACCUCGAUAGCACUGGAGUCCUGGGAGGCGGAGAGUGAUGACUUGACAACUAGGCCCUUGUCCAUGCCGUAGUGAGAAAGCCAGAUGAGACCUCCCUCAGGGAGGAGGAUUAGCGUCUCCUCGUCAGCAUUGGAGAGCACGACCUUGGAGGAUCGAACCCUCGAGGUCCAGAAGUCACUCUGGUUCAAGUCUUCGAUGCCAUCAUACGGAACAUUUCGACCCUGGCCAGCAUCCAAUACUUCCACGAUAUCAGGAGCUCCAAAGUCACUUUCACCGAUGAUACAGCAGCUGUUGCACCAACGAGGCUCCGCAUUUCUAUCCGCACGGAAUCGAAACCAUCCAUUUAUGUGGAAGAGUUCAACCAAUGCGCCUGUUCCAGGAUGCAGGAGCAAAGUACAGCCACUUCCAAGUUGUGCAACGCCAGAACGAUACACCCAGGGAACUUGGCCAGCACCCCUAGAGCUUUCUGAGAGCUCGUUUCGCACACGAGUGGCUUCUUCAGCCAUAGCUACUUCAGAGGCCUUUUGCUUCUCCUUCCUUUCUUCCAGCUCU